GCAGCUAGGCACUGCGCCGCGCGUUUUGGGUGCUUUCUUACUACACCCCCCACAAGGAGCCUUCGUGGCAACCCGCUCUUUCCAGUUAAAGGCUGGGCUCACCGGGCUGGGGAGGUGCACAGCGGCUGAGGCUAGACUCUAGGUCUGUUCCACAGCCAGCUGUAGUCAGUAAAGGAAGGUGGUGGUGAGCGUUCUGGGCCCCUGUCCUUGUCAGCCUAGCUGUGGACACAGUGCUAAGUUCUUUGAAUGAGGGUCACUAAACGGAGUCUUCUUUGGCUUCGACUUCUCCGACGGCUUAGCCAUCAGCAGCGGGAUCCCCACCCCCUCCGCGCCGCUCCAGCACUGCAGGAUAGGAAUUUCGCGACGCUCCCUCCCUGCGAUGUGGGGAGGGUGAGUGCCGCAAGGGGCCAUCGCGCAAGUGCGGGCCGCAGUCCCGGCGUCCACGGCGAGCCUCACCUGGGCGCGGGGCUUCUGGAGGCUGCUCGGUGCUGGCCGGACAGGGCCACCUCGCAUCCUCACCCCCGUCACUGGGCUCGUGCCCGACCCCCGCCUGCUCGCGGGUGGGCGCCCAUUCCUCUCCGCUCCCCGUGACACUUUGCAGACGCUCCCCAGCGCUGGGCAUGGGCACCACCGCCGUCGGUUCUCGGGCUGGAUUCCGCGCGCGGGUGGUGGGGGUCCCCCCUGCCCCAGGACUGACUCCGACCAUGGACACCGUUUCUGUCCGGUGCCCCCCAGAGCCGCCUGGGUCUGCAAGAAGCAUGAGCCUGAUCGACAGAGGCAGCCGGCGGCGCACAAGCCUCUUCUCUCUAGUGAAGAAGGAUGAGGAGGCCUUCGAGAUCUCCAUCCCCUUUGAGGAGGCGCCCCACCUAGACUCACAGAUCUUUUACAGUCUGAGCCCCUCACGGAGGAGCUUCGAGGAACCCCCAGAAGCCACGUCCCCCACGCUGGCCUUGAUGAACGGGGUCAAGGCCCAGCUGCAUAUGGCCCUGGAGCGGAACUCCUGGCUGCAGAAGCGCAUUGAAGACUUAGAAGAAGAGAGGGACUUCCUGCGGUGUCAGCUGGACAAAUUCAUUUCCUCGGCCAGGAUGGACGCAGUUCACUUGUGUCUCUCCCCAGAGGACCACUGCUGCAUGAAGCCUGGGCCCCGGCGGGUGGAGGGGGACAGCCGGGCUGGGGCUGGGGGCGAAGCCUCAGACCCAGAGUCGGCUGCCUCCUCACUCAGCGAGGCAUCAGAAGAAGGCAGUGCCAGUGACAGGAAGAGGCAGAAGCAGAAGGGAAGUGCCAGUCGGAAGCGCUUCGGGAAGCCCAAGGCCCGGGAGAGGCAGCGGGUGAAGGACGCUGACGGGGUCCUUUGUCGAUACAAGAAGAUCUUGGGCACCUUCCAGAAGCUGAAGAGCAUGUCUCGGGCUUUUGAGCACCACCGCGUGGACCGGAACACGGUGGCGCUGACCACACCUAUCGCAGAGCUGCUCAUCGUGGCGCCAGAGAAGCUGGCGGAGGUGGGCGAGUUCGACCCUUCCAAGGAACGCCUACUCGAGUACUCCCGCCGCUGCUUCCUAGCACUGGACGAGGAGACGCUUAAGAAGGUGCAGGCGCUCAAGAAGAGCAAGCUGCUGCUGCCCAUCACCUACCGCUUCAAGCGGUGAUGCUGCCCCGCUGCCCUCUGUGGACCUUCUGCCCCCCCCUCCAGGCCCGACGCACCUCCCUGCCCCAAGCCUGUGUCCUGCCUUGCCGGUGGCGUCGCCUGUUUCACCCGACCGACCUCGAGUUGGCCGGCCUCUUUCCACGUGAGACAGAAUUAUUCAGAGCAUUUAAAUUAAAGAUGUGAAAAUUUGGAAUA